AUGGCGGGACUUGUACCCGUGCUGCGACACAGGGCCCCCGUGCUGGCGUUCAGCGCCAUGUGCGCAGGAGCCGCUUACGCCGUGUACUACGCCCAUCACCAGCAGAUCACGGAGAAAAAGACCAUGCGCCAAGGCGUGAUCAACGAUAUCAAGCGGGACCGAAUCAAGCGGCGACACAUGGAGCAGCAACAGCAGCAGCAACGGGAACUGGACGCUCAGCAGUAG